GUCCACGACAACCACUCUCCGUCGGCUUGAAACGUUUCGUCAUAAAUCGGAAGCUAGAGUUGUCAACAGAUAUGUGCCGGUCAUACGCGUCCUGUGCGCAGCAUCCGUCUCCUCAGGAUAAAAAGUCCUGGGGACUGCUGUCACUGCAUCAAUCAUCGAAGCGCACAUAAGUCUUAACCCACAAACUUCAUCUCAUCCUAGACUUGCAUAAUGUCGCCUCGUUUCUUCUGGUUUCUUCUUGGUGCGGGUGCUGCCACUUGGUGGUCACGUCAUCAUCAAGGACAUUGCGAUGGCUUCAAUCAUCGUCGUCGCCUCGAGUCAUCACCGGCACCCACCGCUCAACCUUCUAUUGGAGCCAAUGCUGGUGCCGAUCAGUGGGAGGUGGAUCGCGCACGUUUUAGGGAGGUUAGUAGACAAGUUGGAGAUACGGUUACUGAUAUGUCGGAAGCUUCGCUCGAAAUGCUGUUGACGACCGUGCAGGCUAUGAAGGAGAAACUCGCACAACACAGGAUGGAACGUGAACGUAGUGAAGCCGAACGGAGACGGUUUUACGAAACACAACCCAAGUCUGGUGGCAACUCUCCCGUAGAUGCGCCAAGGCAUCUUAUUUGAAUGACUGGAAUAGUUUCUCUUCACAUUUACCCGACGACGGUUUCGGUUUUGGAUUCUAAGCAAUGGACUCGACACUACACUACUCAAUCUCCCUAAUAGUCCCCCG